CCAUUAAAGACGAACAUCGACGCAGCCUCUUCCAGCAUCAUCAUCUCCACCCUCCAUCAUCUUUUCUUGGGAAUAAGCGGCCACAAAACUGGAUUCUUUCUUCACUUCGGCUCCUAAACCUAACUUCUGACACCAGCAUGUCUGACAAGAGCGAGCUGAAGGCUGAGCUGGAGAGGAAGAAGCAACGGAUCGCCCAGAUCCGCGAGGAAAAGAAGAGGAAAGAAGAGGAGAAAAAAAAGAAGGAUGGAGAAUCCAAACGUGGUGCGGAGGGAGGACCGGCUGGCGCCGAAGACUCAGAUUUGGAGAGGAAGAGGAGAGAAGCCGAGGCUCUUCUCCAGAGCGUUGGCAUCACCCCCGACGUCCCGCACGCUCAGCCCCUGAGGGUAGUAACAGAAGAUACGUGUCUGUUUCACUACCUAGUCCCCGCCCCCAUGUCUCCCUCCAACAAAUCAGUGGGCAGCGAUGCUGGAAGCCAAGAUUCCGGGGAUGGAAACGCAGGACCAAGGACUUUGCAUUGGGAUCCUGACCCCUCCACUCUGCAACUCCACUCCGACUCUGAGCUGAUGGGACGUGGAAUGGUAAGACUUGGGAUGUCCAAACUCAUCCAGGUGGAUUUUGUCCCGAAGGAAAUGGUGGCCUAUUCCAAGGAGACGCAGACACCCACAGAGGCGUUGGCUCACACAGGUCAGAAAGCAGAUGAAGAAGAGGACGAGGAGAUAAGUGCUCCCCCGCUGACAGAGGACACCCAGGAUGAGAAAAAUGAGCUGAGCGAACAGCAGGAGGAAGACUCUCCCAAGGAGCUGACAGAGGAAGAGAAGCUGCAGGUCCUUCAUUCUGACGAGUUCUUGUCGUUUUUCGAGCGCGGCAGCAGAAUCGUGGAGCGAGCUCUGGCCGAGCAGGUGGACGUCUGCUUCGACUACAGCGGGAGGGAUCUGGAGGAUAAAGAAGGCGACUUGCAGGCAGGAGCGAAACUGGUUCAGAACAGACAGUUUGCAGAUGAGCGCUGGACCAAGAACCGAGUGGUGACCUGCCUCGACUGGUCUCCUCAGUACCCAGAGUUGCUGGUUGCCUCGUAUAACAACAACGAGGACGCUCCACAUGAGCCGGAUGGCGUGGCUCUGGUCUGGAACAUGAAGUACAAGAAAGCCACGCCUGAGUACAUCUUCCACUGCCAGUCUGAGGUGAUGUCGGCUGGCUUCGCAAAGUUUCACCCUAACCUGGUGGUGGGCGGGACUUAUUCCGGACAGAUAGUCCUGUGGGACAACAGGAGCAACAAACGCACGCCUGUUCAAAGAACUCCCCUGUCCGCGUCGGCGCACACGCACCCGGUCUACUGCGUGAACGUCGUCGGGACCCAGAACGCUCACAACCUGAUCAGCAUUUCCACUGAUGGCAAGAUGUGCUCCUGGAGUCUGGACAUGCUCUCCCAGCCGCAGGACAGCCUGGAGCUGGUGUUCAAACAGAGCAAGGCGGUGGCCGUGACAUCCAUGGCGUUUCCUCUGGGGGAUGUAAAUAACUUUGUGGUGGGCAGCGAGGAUGGCUCGGUCUACACCGCCUGUCGUCACGGCAGUAAGGCGGGCAUUACAGAGGUGUUUGAAGGCCACCAUGGUCCUGUGACUGGACUGAGCUGCCACAGUGCUGCAGGACCUGUCGAUUUCUCUCACCUCUUCAUCUCCUCCUCCUUUGACUGGACCGUCAAACUGUGGAGCACGAAGAGCACCCGUCCUUUGUACUCAUUCGAGGACAGCUCCGACUAUGUCUAUGACUCGAUGUGGUCUCCUGCGCAUCCCGCUCUGUUUGCCUGUGUGGACCUGUCCGGACGGCUGGAUCUGUGGAACCUCAACAACGACACCGAAGUUCCAACUGCGAGUGUGUGUGUGGAAGGAUCUUCAGCUCUGAACCGUGUGAGAUGGUCUCACUCUGGAAAGGAGAUCGCCACCGGAGACUCAGACGGACAGGUGCAGGUGUACGACGUAGGGGAGCAAAUCUGCGUUCCCAAAGCCGACGAGUGGACGCGUUUCGUCAGGACUCUGGCUGAGAUCAAUGAAAACAGAGACGAAGCUGAGGAACUGGCUAACGCCUGAUCCUGUAACCACUCCCUGCUAACCGUUAAUAGAUUCCUCUCCAGUAUGUUACACAUCUAUAGCACAUUAUAAGACACAGCCAGGGGGAGUCGCACUGUCUUCUCUGAUUUCCAGCUUUUCCUUCCACCAGAACUUGGGCCUGAGGAGAUGCGCUGAGCUAGACAGAUAAGAGAGUUUUAGAGAAAAAAGGGUUUUGAGUUCAUGUGUAGAGGUUGUAGUUGCAAGAUUGAUUUAGAAAGGCUACACGAAGGUGAUUCUCAGUUCUAGCUUUGAUCACAUCCUCAGGGCUCCAGAAACUGCUCUUCUCCUGAGGCCUCGACCAUUAUUUUUUUUACAUAUGCAAAACCUUUCUACUUGCACCUUUUUAUUACCUUUCGGGUGUUUUACAUAUUUUACAGACACGCUUAUGCUGAAGCUGGCAAACUCUUGAAACAGAUUUGGAAGUCUGAAGAUCUGAGUUGUACAUCUUCAGUAGGACAGUGAAUGUGCUCACACACAUACACACUCCAGGCCUGAAGAGUGUCAUGAUAAUAUUCUAAUUGCGACUAUAUUUAAUAUUUAUUACUGUGGCUGCACUUAUUUAAAUAUUUUAUUAUUCUAAAAAUGUUUCUUUGUACUUGAGGAGUACAGUCUUAAAAUUUGGCACUACAAGCUUUUAAUAUGUUCGUAGUUUAAAUUUAAUGACGCUACAAUUAUUUCUCUCUGUAACCAUGAUUAGUGAUUAAUCCUGUGCUCUUGUAUUGAAAAACAGGAACUGUUUGUUGAUUAUUCUCUUGAAGAGAAAUGUAAAAUAUGUUCUUUUAAAUGAAGAUGUACCACUGAGGUUGGAAGCUUUUUUUUUUUCUAGAGAUGCACCGGAAAAUUUUGUCUGAUUUUCAAUCUGAUCUGCUGAUUGGAAAACCAAAAAUGUAGCCUGGUUCUGAUUACUGAACACACUAAGUGUUUGCAGGUUCAUUAUUACUGCAACAGCCUUCAGUGUGGAUGGCAUUGCUAAGUGCAGACUCAAAGGUCAAGUGAGGCAUUUCUAAAAAUGAAAUUUGGACAGGGAUUUAAAAAUCUAUCUGAAGUGUUUUAUAUAGCACACAGUUAUGACUGUGAAACAGUGAGAGGGAGCCACACUUUUAGAAGAUAACAGGAAGGCCAUAUUAGAGACAAGUAGCUUUCUUUUGUAGAACAUGGUGGAUUUGGAAAUGUUCUUCUUUUGGAAAGAUUGAGGUUGUUGUUUUGAAUGUUGGCUACAAGUAAAUAUGCUACAUCUAGUUCUUCCUAAUUUCGCCUUCACUGUAAAAUGAGAAAAAAAUUAUUUUUACUGAGACUUUUCUCACACAGGGCGACUUUGUCUGCUCCUCCUAUAAUUGAUUGAUUCUGUAAAGAGAGAUUAAAAUUGGUACCAACAGGCAAGGGCGUAAAUCCCAUCUCAUUAUUGAGGUGGGGGUCAUAAACAGGGAAAUUUUUUAAGAGCAAUUUUGGGGGGGUCAGCAACGUUACAGUAAAUUGUGGUUUAAAUUUUUUUGUGUGUGUUCAAACUGCACCAUCAAAAAUGACUAGUAAGUAGCAAUGAAUAAUAAAAGUGUUUUUCUCAGUAAAGUCAAACUAAGAUUCAAAUGUUCCUUAGAUAUGAGUUUGGUUCAGUGUCACAGAUCUAAUCUGCUACGCCUUUACAAAAACUUAAGGAUCUAAAUAAAAACAAGUAUUAAUAAGUAACUCCACUUAAUAAAAUUCCUCAUAAAUAAUGAUUUAUAGCAGUGGUUCUCAAUACAGUCAUGUGUUAUUUAAAUGAUAACUUAAGUUGCUUUAAACUGUUUUAUUAUUAUUAUUUAUUUCGGAGGGGGAUGGAGGGCUCUUGUCCUGGGUGGCUGAAAACCUAUAAAUAUGUAGAAAUUGAAUAUCUGGGAAGUAUCAUAACUUAAACAUAAUGGUCAGCACCUAGAGUUUUCUAGAAAAAUAUUCAGAUUUUAUUUUGUGGUUUUAAACGCUCCACGUUGAAGAUGAUAAGACAUACAGGUUUACCAUAAUUUCCGGACUAUAGAGCGCACCUGAUUAUAAGCCGCACCCCCCUACAUUUCUAAAGGAAACACAGUUUGUACAUACAUAAGCCGCACCGGUGUAUAAGCCGCAUGUGCCUACAUUGAAACAUGAGAUAUUUACAAAGAAAGACGGUACACAGAAAGUGUUUUUAAAAUUUUAAUAAUAUGCUGUAGCUUUUUUUUCUGAACAGCAGCAAUAUAGCAAAACAACACUAACAGGACUGGUUUAAAUAACAUACGUUAAAAGUCACGGAGAGCCGUCAUCCUCUUCCUCCUGUGCACUGAAACCAUGGAAGUCUUCUUCCUCAGUGUCUGUUUCCUUCUUUAUCGGCCAGCUCGAUUGCUUUUAACAUGAAAGCUGCAUCAUAUGCAUUUCUUCUUGCAUUCUCCAUGAUGAGGGUCUGUUCAAGCUAAUUUUAUUCAUGCACAAAGCACGUUACAUUAGUCUUCCUCUACAGAUAUAUUCCAGCUGUCUCACGCUUACCUUUUCUGCUCCAGCGCCCCUACUGGCCGUUAGAAAAAAUUCAUAAAUAAGCCGCAUCGUUGUAUAAGCCGCAGGGUCGAAAGCAGACAAAAGUCGCGGCUUAUAGUCCGGAAAUUAGGGUACUUUAUUGUUUAACUGCCAGCUGCAAUAGCCCCUCUGCUCUCUGGGGUUCAGACCCACCCCACCCCACCCUUCUGGGAUUUACGCCUAUGCCAACAGGGUUAUAGCUUUACAAAAACAAAGAAUUGAAAGUCAGUCAAAAAUUUGUUUGGUGCAUCUUCUGCCCCUUCCUCCUCCGUACGAAACCUCAAUCUUUAUUUCCCUCAUUCAUUCCAUGAUGCAAUAGAGCUAGAGUGUACUGAAUUAACCGUGCCGUCUGUAUUAUACAUACAGGAUGAGUUCUUUCCAAACACUUGCAUUGUAAUGAUAUUCCUGAAACAAGAAUUGCUCUCCGUUUUUCAUUGAAAUAAAAAAAACUCAGAAUACAGAUAAAGAUAAAACAUAUGGAUUAUUUAUUUAUUUAAAAUACAAUGAAUGAAUCAAGAUACAUUUAAUUUAUUAAUACCUAAUUCUCCGCUCGUGAUUCUUGUUUUAGCAAGAAAACAAAAGGAAAAGCUCUGUACAUCAGUAAGAGUGAUUCUCAGAGACCAGGACCAAAGGCCCCACCGUUGCCAUGGCAUUACAGCUGCUGUGUAAUGAUACAGGCUGAUCUUGUAACUUUUCCUCAGUACAGUUAUACAAUAUAUACAGUAUGUAGCCUCCUGUGUGAGGAGUGGCGGCGAGAAAAACCUCACACACUGCACACAUCAAAUCGGAUAUAUCCUAUGCCCACCGCCCAAAAAGAGAAGUCCUACUCAUACUGAGUAUCAGACAAAAAAAAAAAAAUAUAAUCUACUCAUGAGAGACAGAAAGGAGUGCCCAAGGUUCAGCUUUACACAAACGUUUUAAAAGAAGAACA